GUACAAUCCUUCUCCCCCCUUCCUGUUUAGAUAUAAACUAAAGAUGUUAGAGCAUUUCACCGCCGCUAGACUUUCCGCGACCCGAGUAUCGAUAAUGUAUAAUAUAACCCCGGGUGGUCGCGCGAGAGAACGCGCGUAUCAAAGGUGCGCGGGCAGCACGGCGAGCGGGCGGACUACUCGAAAUCGCUGCUGAACACGCUAUUGGAGAAACGGUGUACGUCGGCGCACCUUGUUCGCCGAGACGGCGCAUCGAGUUGCCCUUCUCUGUUCGUUACUCUCAUUAGGCUCGACGAUCGCCAUUUUGAACGGUUAACGGGUUAUUAUCGCGAGUGAUGUGUGAAAUGGAUAGGAUGCUCCUCGCAAUCAAUAUCGACGAGAAACACCACACUGUGUCGUCGCUGAUCGGUGGGUUUAUACUUUCGGGACCGGAUAAGUAACAAUGGGCUGGUUUUAUCACCGACCGAUCGUUGUGUACAAGAAGAGAGAAAAGAACGAAAGAGAAAGAGAGACAGAGAGCAAUGGUGAGAGGGAGUGGAUGAGGAAGAAUGGUGGCAAGAGAGCGCGAACUUGCAAAAUACGUAAAGAGAGUGUAAGAUUCACGAGCCACAAUUGCCAAGAUGUGCCAUCCUCGUUCGCAUCCUCCACUUUCCAUUCUUCGUACAAAUCAAUUUUAUGUGUAAAAAUAUACAAAUUUACAAAGUUUGAAAAAAUCCAAGAAAAAUAAACUAUUCAGAGAACAUUGUGUCUUGAUGAAAUAUCAAGAUGAUUAGAAAUAUCGUGGUGGGGAUAUCUGGUGGUGUCGAUAGUGCUGUGGCAGCCUUUUUGCUUAAAAAUAAAGGAUUUAAGAUUAUUGGUGCAUUUAUGAAAAACUGGGAUAUUAAAGACGAAACAGGAAAGUGUACAGUUGAAAAUGAUUAUGAAGACGCUCGGUGGGUCUGUGAUAAACUAAAGAUUCCUUUGGUACAAGUUGACUUUGUAAAAGAGUACUGGAAUGAAGUCUUUAGCGAUCUUCUGGAAAAAUAUCAGACUGGGUAUACUCCAAAUCCAGAUGUUCUAUGCAACAAAAACAUAAAAUUUGAUAGAUUUUUUCAUUUUGCACGCAAUAAGCUUCAAGCUGAUGCUAUUGCAACCGGUCAUUAUGCUAAAACAAGUUUUGGACCAUAUUUAGAGAACUAUAGAGCAGAUAUUGGUGUACACUUGUUACAAGCAUACGAUAAAGAUAAGGACCAAACAUUAUUCCUGAGUCAAGUGUCGCAACAAACUUUAAAAUGUUGUAUGUUUCCUCUUGGGAAUUACUUGAAAAAUCAUGUAAAGACAAUAGCUAAGGAAGCAGGCUUGCAUAGGAUAGUACAGAAAAAGGAAAGUAUGGGUAUUUGCUUUGUGGGAAAACGUGAGUUUCAACAUUUUAUUUCGGAGUAUAUACAUGAUAAGCCUGGUGACUAUAUAGACUUGGAGAGUGGACUGACGAUAGGAAAACACAAUGGCAUUCAUAAAUUGACAAUAGGACAAAAAUGCAAAAUCGCUGGUAGAUACAAACCUUUUUUUGUAUUUGAAAAAAAUCGAGAGACAAAUAUCAUCUUAGUGGUAGAGGGUACGACUCACCCAGCAUUGUAUACUGAUUUCCUGAUAACACAAGAUAUUCAUUGGAUCAAUAAAGAACCGUGCGAAUUGAGAUCCGGCAAUGGUGUGUUUCAUUGUAACUUUCGCUUUCAGCAUAGAAAACCGUUAAUCCCUUGCAGCGUGUACAAGACAUCAAAUGACAGCCUGUUUAUCCGGCUUAGCGCACCUUUACGAGCAAUCACAAAGGGACAGUAUGCUGUUUUGUACUCUGGAGAGGAAUGUUUAGGCGGUUCGGUAAUAUCGUGUCCAGGACCGUCUUAUUUUACUCUCGGUCGGCAAAACUGUAGACGAAACAUAGACGAAAUUCGCCAGGAUAAUUUCACAGUGUCAACUUCAAGUAUAACUUCAAGUAUAUAAUUGCAAACAAUUGUAAAGUCUUGGUUAUAUGUAAUAAAAUCCAAUCGGUAGAAACCA